AUGCCUGCAGGGACGACAGCUUUAGACCUUGUGCAGGGCAUCACCGAGUACAGCAGCCGCAUCGCGCUGAAGAUGCUUUUCCAGCAAUUUGGCGAGGUGACAGCAUGCUGGAUACCUCCAUUAGAGCAUCGCAGCAAUGAGAGAGCGUACGUCAAGUUUGGUACCACCAAAGCAGCACAGGCCGCUUUCGAGGCUUCUCAAGCAGGCCAACUGUUUCUUGACGGCGUGAGCCUGAAGGCCGAGUGGCGAAUGGCACCGGCAAGGACACAAGAUGCUCGGGACUUCGAAGCUCGAGGUAGCAAUUUGAUGACGUCACGGGACCUUAUGCGGGCGCAGAUGCGGGGAGGAGGAAAAGGAGGGUCAGGCCGUGAUGACCGGGGUGCUGGAGGCGGCAAGGGGAGGCGUGACCUUGAUAGCGGUGGGUCUCGUGCUCUGAUGGAUCGGGCUCCUGGUGGCUCGAGACGCAACGACGACAGAGAACGUGACAGGGAAAAGGAUCGAAAGGCGAAGGAGAGGGAAAGGAGCAGAGAAAGAGACAGGAAGCGGAAAAGCCGCAGCCGCAGCCGCGAUCGCAAGCGCCGGGAGCGCUCGCGGAGCCGGCGCAGCGCGAGCCGCCAAAAGCGCUCCGAGGAGCGGCCGGCUCUCAAGGAUGGUGCUGUUGCGGUUGACGACGACGAGGGCACCACUGCCGUGAUCUAG